GCAGCCAAAGCUGUGUGAGAACCCAGUGGAUGCUGGAUUUAUCCCCGCCGCCGCCACUGCCGCUGCUGCUGUUUCUCAGGGGCUGCCAGAGCAUGGACUAUUAAAAACUUGCAUUUCUGCAGUGUGAGGUAAUAUUUGGACACCAACAUGGGAAAGCAAAACAGCAAGCUACGCCCUGAAGUCAUGCAAGAUUUGCUAGAAAGUACAGACUUUACAGAACACGAGAUCCAGGAGUGGUACAAGGGCUUCUUGAGAGACUGCCCGAGUGGACACUUAUCCAUGGAGGAGUUUAAAAAAAUCUAUGGGAACUUUUUCCCUUAUGGGGACGCUUCUAAGUUUGCGGAACACGUAUUCCGCACUUUCGAUGCCAAUGGAGAUGGGACAAUAGAUUUCAGAGAAUUCAUCAUAGCCUUGAGCGUAACAUCAAGAGGUAAACUGGAGCAGAAGCUGAAGUGGGCAUUCAGCAUGUACGAUCUCGACGGGAACGGCUACAUCAGUAAGUCAGAGAUGCUGGAAAUCGUACAGGCAAUCUAUAAGAUGGUUUCUUCUGUAAUGAAGAUGCCAGAAGAUGAGUCAACACCAGAGAAAAGGACAGAGAAGAUCUUCCGCCAGAUGGACACCAACCGUGAUGGAAAACUCUCCCUAGAAGAGUUCAUCCGAGGCGCCAAGAGUGACCCAUCAAUAGUGAGACUCCUGCAGUGUGAUCCCAGCAGCGCCGGGCAAUUCUGAACCCAGUCUUUGGAUGAAUUAUGUAUCCGCUUUUUUUUUUCCUUGCCAAACAACAUUCAUGGUAGUGUUGCCUCUGUAUGGCCAAUUAUGCCUUCUUUUGUGGCAUCUUAUAGCUUCUUUUGUUGUGGAUUAAUUAUAAGAAUGCUGAAUUGCUCUUUACAAUUUGUCCAGAGCACGAGCAGUACUGUUUUAAACAGAUAUUGUGGUGUUAUCAUUGUUUUAAAGAUUUUUUUUUUUUUAACGUGUCUGUUUUGGAAAGUACACUUGAGAAGGACAAAACCAACAACAAACCCUUGGCAACAAGACAUAAUGACAGGUUUUGGGUUGCUGCUUAGUAGCUGAGUAUUCACCCAGAGGACCUGGAAGUGUAGCAGAGAUUGAAACAAGAGGGUUAUGAUGGGGUAGGACUCUCCUGGGAUCUCCUCUCCUGCCCAGGAGGCACCAGUGAAGCUCAAAGACAGGAUGAUGAAUGUGCACGACUGGUGAGGGCUGCACUGUCUGCACCCCUGCACCUACGCUUCAUUGUUUCAAUGCUGUGAACAUUUUCAGUGUUGUAAAGGAGAAGGAGGAGAAAAAAAAAAUAAUGCAAUCAACAGUUUUUACUUGGUUUACAGCGGCUCAUUUCACAUGGCUUUAUCUGAAAAUCCAGCAAUUUGCAGUCCUGAUCCCAAAAUCCACAACUGACGAUACCUCUUGCCAUUUGGGGUCAGCAAAGGCAGACAUGGAUAUUAAAAACGGGGUAUUGACAACGAAUUUAAGGGAGAUACAUGUUGAAUGUGAAAUGUUCAGGUUAGUAAUAAAGUAGUUUCUGCUAAGGAGAGCGGGCAUUCAGCCAAGGAACUGAUGUACACCUGCGAGCGGCUAGAACCGAAGAAAACCAGCUAUUUGGAAUGUUCUCGUGUAGCACGACAUUCUGGGGGUGUUUUUGUCUCUCUCCACAUAGCUAAUGCAGUUUCCAGGCCUGCUCCUUGGGGAAGGCUGUCAUCAAAACUUGUUUUAAGCAUAAGAUUGUAGCAUUUAUAUUUCCUUCAUUGCAGUGAAGUUCAAAAGUCUGUACUAAAACAAGGAAAUGGUACGCUUUAUGGUAUAUUUAUAUAUAUAAAAAUUAAAACAAAACAACAAAAAAAAAGAUCAGCUCUGAGAGAAAUGUUGAAUGUUUAUCUUUUCGCCUGGAUGCAGGAGUUCUGAAAUUUGCUGCUGCAAACCUUUAUCCUUCGGUCAGAGUUGCUGCUUCCCAAGCUAGGACGCAGACAUGGGAUUUCUUGGUAACUGUACAAGUGCUGCUGCAACAGAAAGGCUUUAGUGACUGGAGGCAUUACGCUGACUGAAUUGGCGUUAAUCUGUCAUUAGCUGAAGGCUGUUCUGUGAUCCUGCUGGCGAGGUGUCCAUGUGGGCAACGCGCAGCCAUGGGGAGCCGUGAGCUUGGCAGUGUGACCUUUGCCUGACAGGCAAGGUUGGCGUUUUGUCAAGUGACCUUGUAGAUGCUAAUCCCCAGUAGUCUUAAUUUAAAAUAAACUAAGUAAAAUAAGUCUGCUCUGCAGAUGAUGAUUCACUAACUAGAAGUCAUGAAAAAGUAGCAGUGUGAAUAAUUUUUUGUUGAACACUAGGUAGCAUAUACAACUAAGAGAGAAGAAAUUCCAAGGCUUAAUUUCUCAUGAUCAUUUCCUUUGCCAGGUUGAAUAUGCAAAGCAUAUUACAAUAAAAUGAAAAUAAAUUGAAAAUGGCAUUGCUAAUCAGUUGUA